AUGGUAGAGUUUAUGGAAAAAACGUACCUUCCAAAGUUAUUUUUUAUAUUGAAGGUGUGGAGCGAUUUAAAAAAUAACACCAAAAGGAAAUGGCCCAAAAUUAAUAGAGCUGCUAGUGGCUGUGGUGGUAGGCCUACACUUCAAUUAUCUUUGACUGUUUUAGAAAAUAGAGUAAUGCAAAUAAUUGGAGUACAGGCAGCUACUGGCAUGGAUAUUGUGGAGGGUGGGUUUCAACAGACUGAAGUUCAUACACCUGACAUUCCUACCGAAAAUGAGCAUGAAGCAAUAUUAGAGGAAACCACAGAAGAACAUUGGAACACUCCAGGCACUAGCAGCCAGCCUACUGUACAUCCAACAGCCACAAAUGAUAUCGGACCUCCGACCAUUGAUGACGCCGACGAAUGGCAACCACCCGCUCCGCAAAAUUAUUUAUAG